AUGGCGAAAUCAUACAAACAACUCAAAGAAGCCUGGGUGUCCGGCCACACCGGCAGCUCAGUCGCUGAUGUGAACAGCGUAUCGCUCGCAAUGCCUUUGAGCAUCCUAUUAUGGUCCGUUAUACAGUCCCGCAUGCGAUUAUUCACGCCAUACACGCUGCCAGCCUUCUUUGUGGAUUUGCUGCUCAAUUGCGGCGUCACGCUAUUUGCGACCACGAUAUACUCGUCCUCGCCAUGGGUGUUGAAUAUGCUGUUGUUGCUUCCCGCAACCGUCCUAUAUGUGCUUGAGAAACCGAUGCCUGUAAAACGGGAGGCGCCUCGGCCGCCUUUGAAAAAGGAGACGCGGGAGGAGAAGGAUGCCGAGCUCGAUCCACUUCCUGUCAAACCGUUUAUUACAAACUACCGCGGCGCUAUGAUGGUCAUCACAUGUAUUGCUAUACUGGCUGUCGACUUUCGAGUGUUCCCUCGUCGCUUCGCAAAGGUGGAGAAUUGGGGGACGUCGCUCAUGGACAUGGGCGUAGGCUCAUUCGUUUUCACAGCUGGCGUAGUCUCGAUUCGCCCCGCCUUGAAAGAAGCCCCAGGUCAACGCGCACCGCUCUCCAAACGCUUCACCGCAUCAAUCCGCCACGCGAUUCCCCUCCUCGUUCUUGGCGUCAUCCGCCUCAUCUCUGUCAAGGGGCUAGACUAUGCAGAACACGUUACGGAAUACGGGGUGCAUUGGAACUUCUUCUUCACACUUGCCUUCCUCCCCCCCUUCGCCACCCUCUGCCAAACCCUCUUCGACCUCGUCCCCUCAUACGCCCUCCUCUCCUUCGCCCUAGCCUCCGUCUACGAAAUCGCCCUCGACACAACUCCCCUCUCCUCCUUCAUCCUCAUCUCCCCACGCACCAACCUCCUCACACAAAACCGCGAGGGAAUCUUCUCCUUCAUCGGCUACCUCUCUAUCUUCCUCGCCGGCCAAUCCCUCGGCUCCAUCGCGCUCCCCCGCCAACCAAAACCCAAACCCGUACCCAACCCCCCGUCCCCAACCUCCCCACUCCACCACCUCACCCGCUCCACCCUCGGCCAACUCUGCCUCGUCAGCAUCGCAUGGACAUGCCUCUUCUACCUCUGCACUUCCUACCACGGCCUCCACCUCACCGUCUCCCGCCGCCUCGCUAACCUCCCCUACGUCGUCUGGGUCGCCUCCUUCAACAGCGCCAACAUCGCCCUCUGCUGCGCCAUCGAAUCCCUCCUCUUUCCCAAUCUAUACCACGCGAAAGCCGGCAGUCGCGCCGAGGAGCGCCGCCGCGCCAGGGACGCCACGAGUACCGUCUUGCACGCGUAUAACCGCAAUGGCCUUGUUGUGUUCUUGGUCGCCAACCUGCUGACCGGGCUGGUGAAUUUGGGGCUGCCGACGUUGGAGAUGGGGGUUGGGCAGAGUAUGGUGGUGUUGGCGGCGUAUGCGGUGGCGGUUACGGGGGUGGCGGUUGGGCUGGAUUGCUGGGAUGUUACGAUUAAGCUGUGA